GUAUCGUGUUUGGAGGAGUUCAGAUGAUCUCCAGCCAAAUGUCUUUUUAUUUUUUUUAUUUUUUUUAUUUUAUUGUGUGAGUUAACAGAACUCUGGAGACAGAGAGUGAGACUACCUGGUGUGUACCUGACAGACUGUAAGGUCUGAUGGGCUUGGUGUGGACCACCCCUCACUGUGGUGCAGUGGUGAAAGAUAAAUAUAUCCCCCUCCUCCUCCUCCUCCUCCUCCUGCUGCUGCUGUCGUUGAGUCCGCAACAUCCUGACUGGCCGAGGCUGGUGAUCGCAGGCAGCCACAAGCCCCCCACAAGACGGAUGAAUUAGAAAACCUGCUGUAAACCACCGCCACCCCCCUGUUUUUGUUCUCCUCCCUUUUAUUUAUUUCACACAGAGAAGAGUCGGACUGUAAACACGGCCGCCCUCAUCUUGAGUGUGAAGCGGAAACAAGGUUUCUAGUGUGCAGAUUCACCAUGGGGAUCAAGGCUGCCCUCCCCAGAUAUGAGCUGUAUCUCUACACAGCUGUACUCGGCGUGGCCUUGAUAUGGGCAGGCAGUUGGAUAUUUGACGCAUCGAGUGAGAAUGUAAACAGAAAGGCCUUCAAGGAAAGUGUGAAACCAGGAUGGCAUUACUUUGGCAGGAAGAUGGACGUUACGGACUUCGAAUGGAUGAUGUGGUUCUCUACAUUCCGGAAUCAUAUCCUUUUUGCUCUCGCCGGUCACGUUAUCUUUGCCAAGAUAUUCACCCUGCUUGCUCCGAAGAUUGGUAUAGAUGGAUGUAAGCACAGAUCCUUGAUCUUUGGUAUCUACGGUGGUUUGGCAGUCCUGGUCACAAUGGGCUGGACCUUCAUGACUCUGGUUCUGUCCCACUGCAUCAUACUCUACAGCAUCGCUCUGGUCAAGAGCAAGUGGAUGUGCUUUGCGGCUGGUCUGACCACAUUGGCCUCCAUCAAGCUGGAGCCCUAUAACUCCUGGCAGGAGUCCUUGGUGACCGGCUCUUUUGACCUCCAAGACAUCCUGUUCUAUGGAGGCUGCGGCUUCAGUAUCAUGCGCUGUAUGAGCUUUGGUCUGGAGAACUGUGAAAAGAAAGACGGCAACUUCACAUUCUCCGACCUGCUGAAAUACAACUUCUACCUCCCCUUCUUCUUCUUUGGACCUAUAAUGACUUUUGACAGGUUUCAUGCCCAGGUGAACAACACACAGUUGAUCCGCAAGGACAGAGAGUUGUGGAACAUCACCACCAAGGCCUUGUUGCAUCUGGGAGUUAUUCUGGUGGUCGACAUCUUCUUCCACUACCUCUACAUCCUGACAAUCCCUAGUGACAUGAAAUUGGUCACCAAGCUCUCUGACUGGUGUCUGGCUGGUCUGGCUUAUUCCAACCUGGUGUAUGACUGGGUGAAAGCAGCCGUGAUGUUUGGUGUCAUCAACACCGUGUCCACACUGGACCACCUGGACCCUCCUCAGCCUCCCAAGUGUAUCACCAUGCUCUAUGUCUUUGCUGAGACGCACUUUGACAGGGGCAUCAAUGACUGGCUGUGCAAGUAUGUUUAUGAUUAUAUUGGUGGCGAUCAUGACAAAAUCUUCAAGGAGCUCCUGGCGACUUUCUGCACCUUCGCUAUAACCACCUUGUGGUUGGGCCCAUGUGAGUUGGUUUAUAUCUGGUCCUUCUUCAACUGCUUCGGCCUCAACUUUGAGCUGUGGGUGGCCAAGUUCUUCUCCCUUCCACCAUUUUCUACCAUAGAGGGUGCCAUGGGUGAAGCGAUGUCCCGUAGGAUCCGGGGUGUGUUCAAUGCUGCCAACUUCUGGACCAUCGUCCUCUACAAUGUUCUCUCCCUAAACAGCUUGGAAUUUGCCAAACUGGUGGGAAAGCGUCUGAUUUACAAAGGUUUCCCUCUGUCUUCCCUCUCAGUGCUGCUUGUGACCUACUGUGGCGUGCAGCUGGUGAAGGAAAGGGAGAGACAACAAGCCCUGCUGGAGGAUGCAGAGCCGGUGAAGCCAGGGGAUGCUGGCAAAGAAAAAGCCGAAUAAAAAAAAUUACAUUCACAGACUUCAACGUCAACAGCCCCCCUCACAUUGUUCCAUCCUCGGCCUUGCGAACCAGACUGUGACAGCCAGUCAGCAACUACAGUACAUUGUUCACAAGCCUGUGUUUUCGCUUGUGUUUGUCCGAUGCGAGGCAUUGUUUUGAACUGUGAAAUAUCCUCAAGUGCACUUGCUGUAGAUAAUCGCCACGUCCUCUGGCACAAACCCACCGAUGGUGCAUUUUGUAUUUGUAUUUUAUCCAAGGAAUAAGAUUGUUAAGCAAAUCAUAGACCUGACAAACCCGUUAUGAUUUACCUAAUAAUAUAUAAAGACAUACAGUAUUGUAAAGGGGCAACCACUUUGCUCUGUGUGGUUGUCUCCUUCAUGAAUUUUUCUUUUUUUUUUCACAGAUUUGGACACUUUUUUCUUUUUUUUAAACAAUCAUUAAUAUCGUUUUUGAUUAGAUGAAGUUUUAGGCCUUAUCAUCACUAUGUUUACUAUAAUGAAAGGGUUUAAGACUUGAAAAUCAUGGUGCAAUUAUGAAGUGCAAUGAAGAAGUGAAUAAAGGGUGCUGUGGGGAGUCCUCCACAUAGUUUGUAGCUGAUUGUAAUGUAUAUCUACUGUCACUAAGCAAAAAUACAAGUCACAACGUAAAGGAAAGUCUUACAGUUGAUUAAGAAUGUAAUCAGAGACUGACUGUAGUUUAAUCGUCCAGAGAAUGACAGCUUUACUCCACCACCACCAUAUCAUCUACAGGAGAUUACUGUAGGUGUGACGUUUCCACAUAUCUUCCCUUCACCCUCACUUCACUAUGAAAGGCAAUGGGGCCCGCAGGGAAUGUAGGUCAGUCUUAUCUUGUCACCAAAACCUGCUGCGUGUCUUCAGUGCAGCAUUCACAGAGAGUCUAUGCAGAUUGUAAUGCCGUUUCUCGGAUUAAACGUUUUUUAAUCAAAGGUUCAGUUAAGAUGUUUGACUUGAAAUAAAGGUUGUGUUUCAUUAAUGUAACAGACUAUGAGUUUGUUUUAUUGCAGUAUGGAGAGGGGAUUAAACUGAAUGUAUCGUUUGCUUGAAAAGAACAGUCUGGAUUCAAACACUUAAAGACUUAGUACUUUUUUUUAAUUGAUGGGAAUGCUUUUCUGAAUUCCACACUGUGCUGGAUUUUAUUUGUAUGACAGUGAGACAUUUUCAUUAUUCACCACAAGGUGGCCCACUUUGACUUGAUUUA